UGCAUGACCGAAUGAUAUUUUUUUAUCACACUUAUAUAUUGACAGUGUGACCAACAGAAAAAACCACGUGUUAACGAUAUCGAGAACGCAUAAAUAUAUGAUUUUAGUUGAUGGCAUCAUAUGUGCCAAGAUGCAUCAAGAGGUUAAUAAUAAUAAAGUUUUUGAAACAAGAGCUGAUGACAAAGACUAAUUUAAUUGAUUUGUCUUAUUUGACUAAACCAGACGAAAAUUUUUCAUCGCUUGAGGUCCACUUCUAUUACAUAAAAUAUUUAUAGAAAAGUACUUAAUACCUAUUAAGUAUGAACAGUGACGGAGGUUUUUCAAUUACACAAUUUUAUUUGAAUGAUACUGUUAUAAAUGAUUACAUGGAUCUGAUCAAUAAGCGCUAUUCAAAUGUAUAUGUGUAUAACACACAUUUUUAUUUUGCACUUAUUACAAGAGGUUUUAAUAUGGUUAAAAGAUGGGUUCGAAAAAUUGAUGUGUUUUCAAAGAAAAAACUAUUAUUUCCUAUACACUUACAAAAUUGUAAUCAUUGGGUCUUGGUAUGUGUAAACUUUGAAUUAAAACAAAUUCAAUAUUAUGAUAGUCUUAAAAGACAUAAUCUUGAAGUUCAGUAUAAUAUAUUCCAAUAUUUAAAUGAACAAUAUUUAGAAACAAUAGGAUCUUCAUUAUGUACUAAAAAUUGGAAAAUGGUAACUGUAUCAGAUAUCCCUUACCAAGAAAAUGGACAUGAUUGUGGAGUAUUUGUAUGUACUUAUGCUGAAUAUUUAGCAAGGGAUGCAGCGUUCAACUUUUCUCAAAGACAUAUGAAAUCAUUUAGACAAUUGAUUGCAUAUGAAUUAACAGUAAAAAAAUUAGUAGAUGUAAAUGUUGAUGCAGAAGAUAUAGAUUCUUUUAUUAUGGACGUUAUAAACUCAUGAUAAAAAAAUCAAUAUUUUAUAAAUAAAUGUUUAUGUCCAAUGAUAUUUUUACUGAGAUUUGGUAUAAUUGAAGUUGUCUAAACACUCUAAAGUGAGUUAUUUGUUCUUGUAAACUGUUGAAUAUGGUACAAUGAUUUUGCUCACUAAAUAAUCAGCUUUGGAAUAUGCAAUUAUUAUUAUUUUAACCAUUCUUUUGAUGAGGGACAUAAGAUGCAUUCUAAAUUAAAAUUAAAAAUAAUGCUAGACAUACUAGGAUUCAAUGACUACUGUUUUUUGAAUUAAUAGAAAAUAGCAGUUUUUAAAAAUAUAUUAUUUUAUUUCAUUAAUGUUUAACAUAA